AAGCACCUGAGGUCGAUACGCCCGUCAAGGACAGCGAUGUGAAGACGUCAGAUAGUUCUGCACAGCAUCGCAAGCAGUUGUAUGAGAGACUGAGCUCUGUAGUAGCAGCCAAUGCGUCUGCGAUGGGUAAACAAUGGCUGGCGGUCGAUCUAGUGGAUGAGUCUGUUGAG